CGCCAACAUCGCUCAGUUGUUGUGCGGCGUUGAAUACAAACGCGUCGAUAUCGCGUCGAGCGAAGCGAUACCCAAAGCGUAAAGCGAAACGAACCGAAAGAACGAACGAGAAGAAAAAAACAACGCGCGCGUGCGUUUUGCUGCCAACGUCGAUCGUCCACCGUGUGUAUGAGACGAACAGAGAUAUAUUAAGAGAGAAGGAAGGCGCAUCUACUGCAAAAUAGCACGGCGUGCGCCAUGGCCGAUUAUUUCGAUGAGCUGGGACAUACGCCCACGGGUCCGGAGGGCGCCAACGACUACGAUCGAAACUUUCGACGCCUUCAGGUCCUGGCCAUAAUGAAUGGCAUCGAUAUGGAGAUCGAAGUGCCCGAGGCAUCGAAGAGGGCCAUAGACGCGCUGCCCAUCCAUGAAAUUACAGCCGACGAGGUGAAGCCAGAUUUCGAGUGUUCCGUGUGCAAGGAGCCGGCCGAAGCUGGCGCCAAAUUCAAAGUUUUGCCAUGCAAACACGAGUUCCACGAGGAAUGCAUUUUGCUAUGGCUAAAGAAGGCCAAUUCAUGUCCCAUUUGCCGUUAUAUCUUUGAAACGGACGAUGAGGUCUACGAGGAGCUGCGACGUUUCCAGCAGGAUGAGCCCAAUCGACGACUGCGCCAAGAUAAUUUGAUGGAUUCCAUGUUUGGCUAAAAAAAAAAA